AUGGGCCCGAAGAAGGGAAAAGCGCCUGCUAGGGAUGAAUCUCCAUACUGUACACCUGGCCCAUCCUCUCCUGCGAUAAUAAGACCACUACCACGAGAUACUGCGUCGGAGGAGGAAGAGGAUGAUCGCAUGGAAUACGUGUCAAGGGAUCAAUUUAGGGAUCUCCAAGCGCAGCUGCAGAAUCAACAAACUCAAAUGCAGCAAAUAAUAGAGCUAAUUCAACGCAGUCAAUCGCCCCUUUUAAGUACGCCUACUCCAAAUCCGAAGCCCACAUCAACAGCUCUACCGCCACCAAGCGAGGAUGACGCCGGCCGCGCGAGUAUAAUACAAGCAGUCAGCGCCAUGCGGAAGGAUGUUGGUCGAAAGCUUUAA